CCCGCCCCUCCUUCCCUUCCGGAGCUGUGGCGCCGCCGCCAUCUUGGCAUUCGGGUUGAGAGAAAGAGCCAAAUCCUGGCUUUGCGGGGCCCGGGUGGGGAGCCCCUCCCGCGGUUCACAGCGACGCCUGCCCAACCCUCCUCCUCUUCCCGCUCCGGCGCGGUUCGGAAGCCAGGCGGGUUCCUGUCAGGCCCGGGGAGGAGGGGCGGGCGGGGCGACCGCUGCCUCCCCGGGACGGGCCGAACCACGCGGGCGGGGAGGACGGGGCCUGGGGACCGCUGGGCGGUGGCACGCCCAGGGGCGGAGCGGGGUGCGGAGCAGGCCGCGGAGCGGGCCGGCCGGCUCCCCGGGGCGGGGCGGGAGGGCGGGGCGUGGGGCGGACGGAACCACCGGGGCGGGGUGGGGAGGUAACGGGACGGGCGCGACCAUGGCGCGGUGAGGGAGCGGGGGUGGGGAUCGGUCCGGGGGAGGCCUGGGGCCGCUGGCUUGUGCGCUGUCUCCGUCGCCCCCCCCUUUCGCCGCCGCCGCCGCCGCCCCGGGCAUGUCGUCCAACUGCACCAGCACCACGGCGGUGGCGGUGGCGCCGCUCAGCGCCAGCAAGACCAAGACCAAGAAGAAGCAUUUCGUGUGCCAGAAAGUGAAGCUAUUCCGGGCCAGCGAGCCGAUCCUCAGCGUCCUGAUGUGGGGGGUGAACCACACGAUCAAUGAGCUGAGCAAUGUCCCUGUUCCUGUCAUGCUAAUGCCAGAUGACUUCAAAGCCUACAGCAAGAUCAAGGUGGACAAUCAUCUCUUCAAUAAGGAGAACCUGCCCAGCCGAUUUAAGUUUAAGGAGUAUUGCCCCAUGGUGUUCCGAAACCUUCGGGAGAGGUUUGGGAUUGAUGAUCAGGAUUACCAGAAUUCGGUGACGCGCAGCGCCCCCAUCAACAGUGACAGCCAGGGCCGGUGUGGCACGCGUUUCCUCACCACCUACGACCGGCGCUUUGUCAUCAAGACUGUGUCCAGUGAGGACGUGGCAGAGAUGCACAACAUCUUAAAGAAAUACCACCAGUUUAUAGUGGAGUGUCAUGGCAACACUCUUUUGCCACAGUUCCUGGGCAUGUACCGCCUGACUGUGGAUGGUGUGGAAACCUACAUGGUGGUUACCAGGAACGUGUUCAGCCAUCGGCUCACUGUGCAUCGCAAGUAUGACCUCAAGGGUUCUACGGUUGCCAGAGAAGCAAGUGACAAGGAAAAGGCCAAGGACUUGCCAACAUUCAAAGACAAUGACUUCCUCAAUGAAGGGCAGAAGCUGCACGUGGGAGAAGAGAGUAAAAAGAACUUCCUGGAGAAACUGAAGCGGGACGUUGAGUUCUUGGCACAGCUGAAGAUCAUGGACUACAGCCUGCUGGUGGGCAUCCAUGACGUGGACCGGGCGGAGCAGGAGGAGAUGGAAGUGGAGGAGCGGGCAGAGGACGAGGAGUGUGAGAAUGACGGGGUGGGCGGCAACCUGCUCUGCUCCUAUGGCACACCUCCGGACAGCCCUGGCAACCUCCUCAGCUUUCCUCGGUUCUUUGGUCCUGGGGAAUUCGACCCCUCAGUUGAUGUCUAUGCCAUGAAAAGCCAUGAAAGUUCCCCCAAGAAGGAGGUGUAUUUCAUGGCCAUCAUCGAUAUCCUCACGCCAUACGACACGAAGAAGAAAGCUGCACAUGCUGCCAAAACGGUGAAACACGGGGCAGGGGCGGAGAUCUCGACUGUGAACCCUGAGCAGUACUCCAAACGCUUCAACGAGUUUAUGUCCAACAUCCUGACAUAGUUAUCUUCUUCUUUCAGCCAGAGCCAGAGAGCUGGAUAUGGGCUUGGGGAUCGGGAGUUAGGGAGAAGGGUGUAUUUGGGCUAGAUGGGAGGGUGGGAGCAAAGUGGGGGUUUGGGAGGGCUUUAGCAAUGAGACUGCAGCCUGUGACACCAAAAAAGACUUUAGCUGAAGAGGAGGGGGAUGUGCUGUGUGUGCGUCUACUCACAGGAUGUAACCCCGCCUUCUGCUUACCCUUGAUUUUUUUCCCCCCGAUUCGACAUCUGGUUAAAAAGGGGUUCCCUUUUUGGUACCUUGUAACCUUUUAAGCUACCUUGGGGCUAGAGAUGACUGUGGGUUUAUUUGGGUUUUGUUUCUGAAAUGUUAUUGCUCCAGGUUUGCUAUUUAUCAUCAUGUAUUUCAUCACCCUCCCCACCCUCCUCGUCCCUGCCCAGCUCUCAGUUCCCUUCAAUUAAAGAGAUACCCAGUAGACCCCACACAAGGGUCCUUUCAGAACCAAGUGCUCUGAUGCCAGAUUGGAGAGGUCAGACACCUCGCCCUGCUGCAUUUGGUCUAGUCUGGAUGAACUUUGUAAUUUGAUGGAGUAUUGUGAACAACUUCCUCCACCUUUCCACCUUGGAUUCAAGUGAAAUGUUCCAUUAUUCCUCCAUCCUGUCCAGAACACACCAAGUCAACACCAGGCAUCUCGGAUCAGAAUCAGAGAUCUCAGAGGGGAGUGAGUUCCUCCUCACGGGAUGGUGAGGGGCAGGAAAGCGGAUGGGUUCUCGGACAGCUGGUUCUCAGAGAACCCUGUGAUGAUCGCCCAAGCCCCAGGCUCUCAGCCCCUGCAGUUCAGGAGCGUUCUCUGUAAAGCCUGCCUCCUACUAGGUCAAGAGGAACUAGAGUACUUUUGGAUUUAUCAGGACCCUCAUGUUUAAAUGGUUAUUUCCCUUUGGGAAAACCUCAGAAACUGAUGUAUCAAAUGAGGUCCUGUGCCCUCCAUCUAUUUCCUUCCUUCUGACCUCCCAGGCACUCUCACUUCUAGCUGAGCUCUUAGCUCUGGGCAGAUCUCCAAGCGCCUGGAGUGCUCUUUUGCAGAGACACCUCCUCAGCACCAGCAAGGUGCCCCCAUCUUAGAGUUACACAAGGAUGUGACCCAGGAAAUCCAGUUUGGGGGCUUGAUGUGGGGUUUGACCUGGCCUCAGCCUUGGGGCUGUUUUUCCUUGUUGCCCCCUCUAGGCUUUUAGCAAAUCUGUGGCCCACAGGCUUUCUUGGAAGGAGUGGCUUCCUGCAGGUGUUCCACCCGCCUUCAGAGCCUGCCACCCAGGUCCUUAGUUAGAACUGAGCCACAAGCCACAGACUGGUCUGGCCAGGAGAGAAAACAGCCCUGUUGCUCUGCACUGGGGGAGGCACAUUCCUGCGUCUUCUCACCCUCAACCAGGAACUGGGGGUUUGGGAUGAGAUAUGGUCAAACUUGUAUAUAACCCCAAAGAUGUGAAGAUCGUGUGUGAAACCAUUUUGAAUGAAUAGAUUGGUUUCCUGUGGCUCCCUCCAAACCUGGCCAAGCUCAGCUUCUGAAGCAGGAACCAGCACUGUCUCUAUGCCUGACUCACAGCACACAGGUCAGGAAAGAAUGGAGACACAGCCUUCUUGGACUUCACUGGGGCUCCUGGAUUGGGUGGGAACCCUUCUGGAAGAGGCAGGUGGGGGUCAAAACCACUGCCCUGGCCCCAGGAAGGGGCCGUAGGUAGGUCUGAACAACUGCUGCAAGACCACUAAGUGACUUAGGGAACUUGAAACCAACCCACUCGUGGAGAAAGCAAAUUGGACUUGGGAAAAGGAUUACUUAGGAAUAAUGUCUGGACUUGAUUUCCCCACUUCAUAAUGAAGAAUGGAAGUUUGGAUCUGCUCCUAGUCAGGCCCAGCAUCUCUGAAGCACGGAAAGCUGUCUUCUAGCAGCCUCCAUGGCCUCGGGCUCCCACUGGCUUCUCUGCAUUUGGUCUGCUGAUCAUGUUGCCAUAAUGUAUAUGGAAAGUGUAACACAAUCUUACUGGUUAAAGACGACUACCAGGUAUCUAACUUGUUUAACAUUGAGAGUGUGUGUGUAUGUGUGUGUGUGUGUGUGUGUGUGUGUGUGUGUGUAUGUGUGUUUUGUAUAUUGUUUACAUUUUGAGAGGUAGCAUUCUGUUUCAAAUGCUUUUUGUUUUUCUGACAGUAUUGUUGAUUGGGUCACAACAUUUUAAGCUGUGGUUUGGUGGAUUUUCAAUUUUUUUUUAAAGGUCAUUCGCUGUGCUAUCUUGAAAACCUUGGGUUUGGCCCCUAAUUCCUUUGGCAUUCAAAUGUUUAAAAGCUAUUUAUCUUGGUUUAUACAUGUUUCCUUUCUCUUCUUUUUGUCAUGAUAUUCUACGCGGUCUGCAGUUUGAAUGUGGAGAAGUGGACUGACCCCCACGCAUUGUCUGCCCCACUCUUUCCUCCUUGGGUCCCGCCAUUUUUCUGGGCAGUCGAAGGCAUUGGAGGGCAAGUGACUGCCCUCAGCCUCACUCGCUGGGGCUGUGAAGAAAAGUCUUAUGGCAUCUCAGAAUAAUUUUGGGUCUCCCAAGAAGAAAGGUGUAAGAAUAAGGACAUGGCUGAUUGGGUGAGGCCAGGAUUCCUGGCUGACAUCCAGUCACCCUGUCUCCCGUCCCUACCCCUCUUCUUCCACAAGCCCACAGCCAAGACACUGUCGUCUACCAGCCACAGUGAUGACUGCCCUGGAGACUCCACUGACCCCUAGAUGAAGGUCCCUGGCCCUGGUUCCUGUUAAUUAACCACUGGGUCUUUGUGUCCCCCAGCACAAGCUCCUUUCCUGUGCCCUGCGGCUUGGGGUCACAGGCAUGCCAGGAAGCCACAGUUCAGGGGCGCAGACUGAAGCAGUGCUCCACCUCUCGUCUUCUAGCUCAGGGGUUGCUGGUCUGUGGCAGGUGCCACUAGUGGUCCCUGUGGCUGUUCUCAGUGGCAGUCUCUUUAAGUUCCCGCCACAGGCAGUUCUUCAUCCCCUCUCCCUACUUCAAUCUUUUCUCUUGCCUGUGCUUUUGGCCUCCAGCAGGCCUGCUGGCAGCGCUCAGGGUGUGAGGCUAAUUCCUGCCCUGCCUUUCCUAUCUAUCUUCACGGUCUGCCAGGGCCUGUCCUGGGGAGGUGGACGACAGACCCAGGACUUUUCUCAGUAGCCAGUCCUACCCCCAGUUGACUUUUUACCAAUUCAGGGUAGGAGAGAAAGCAGCACCCCAGCAUGUGAGUUAGGUGUUGGGGGCCAGAAGGGACAGUGCGUUUAAACAACCCUCAGAGCUCUGUCCUUAAACCUGUGGGCACCCCCCCAAGUCUAGGAGCCUCAUCUCUUCCUGGCAGUCUUCGGGCAGGGGGUCCUGAAAGGGAAACCAUUCAGACAGCUGUCCCCCAAUCUACCAGCCAUCUGCAGGGGGCAGUGACGUAGCCCUCUCCCUCCUCUGGAAUGUGCCCCUUAUGAAGAGUCCCCCAUGGGGAAGAGGAGACUCGGCUGUCCCUCAGCAGCUUGUGCCAGCAUCCCAGGGCAGAAGCUUCCACAGGAGACUCUUGCCCUUGCUCAGAGCCACUUUGGGAGGUGGUGGGGGAGGGGCCCAGUGCCGCUCGGCACACCCCAGCAUUAGGUCAGAUCAUUGAAAUUAAAAAAUGUGAAUGAAGUAUAGAUCCGCCUUUUGUGGAAGCAGGACAAACUACCACCCCACCAAGUGUGUGACUUCUUGAUAUCCCACUGCAGUUUCCAUUUUUAGGAAUUUUCAAUCCCAUGCUUGUCUAAUGUCUGCUUUAAACAGUUCGAGACCCUGUUCCUGUUUUCAAAUGCAUGCAUGUUAAGAUGAAUCUCCAACCUGAGGAAAAAAAUAAAACUCAAAAAGCUUUGUGUACA